AUGUCAGAUCAGGAGGCCUCCCCAGAGAGGCCCCCGUCAGGGGAUGGCAGGGAGGAAUCUGAAGGGGAGUCCAAAAUCAAGGUGGAUGAGAACAGCCCAGAAACAGACACCAAAACAGAUGAGGAAAUUAGACAGAAAUCAUCACAAGAAAUAUCUGAUAGCCUGGAAAUGGAUUCUGACAACAAAGACCGACCUGUCAGCUCAGAGAGUACCAGUCGACCUAGGAGUAGUGGAAGCGAUACUGUUCAACCCUGGAAGGGACGCAGAAAGAAGAAAAUGAAUGUUGAUCCUGAUGCAAGACAAGUUACAUUCACAAUAACCAUUUGUAUUGCUGUUCCAACAAGUGGGAAUGUGAGUCAACCACAGUCUAGGAAUUCAACACACAAUACCCCCGAGAAGACAGAAAAUAAUACCCCGGCUCCUGUCGAGGAUGAAGAUGUCCCUGACAUUAAACAGCUAAUUAAGAAGAAGAAGCAGGUGUUUGAGGCCCCCAGGGCCCAGAAUUACUACCAUCUGGAGUAUUACCUCACCCCCGAGGAGACCAGCCUACAGAAGGUAGAUGUUGUCACAUAUGGACCGGCCGCCAUUAUUUUCAUGGCAUCACAUGAUCCUCGGAUUGUAAGGACAUGGAUUGAGGGGGAAUUGACCUGGGUAGCUUGGUCUCACAAACAUGUGGUGAAUGUGACAGAUGAGUUGCUGCUGAAGCUGUUUACACAUAACAUUGAGUUACGGAUCUGGGAUACAAAGGACAAAGUUGGUGCCAAAGCCCGAUUUACCAAAAUAAAGCAGUUUAAAAUCCCAAACUCAAAACCAGGGGAGGAGGACCAGAACAGUGCACGUAACAUUGUAGUAAGACUGUCCAAAAGCUUCGCCAAGCACCAGCCAAAAAAAGCCAGCGAGAUACGGCCAAUUCCAACUCAGGUGUCUUUCCAUUCAGUGGACAAGGUCGUACGACCAGUGGAGGAUGAGAAACCCCCAGAAGCAAAGCCCUCCUAUGAAACACAACCACAAGCUGCAGGGGAUGACAAAGGAGAGCCCCCAGGGUCCCCUACCCCAAAAACUCUGGUGGGGGUUCCCAAUCAACAGACUGACCAGGAAGGAAGGACCUCGUUCAGCCGUCUUGGGCGCCUUGCUCACUCUGAACCUGGAGAAGAACCCUCCGGUAAAGACUCUCAGAGAAGCAAGUCUAGUACAGGGAAGGACAAAGUGGGUCCCAAAUCCUCUGCUUCAAGGGGCCCCAAAUCUGCUGGGUCUACAGGAUCAGUCAAGAAACUGCCAUCUGCUACAGUGAAACCCCCACGUAGAAACAAGAAACAGGAGCUGGCAGCCCAGCAGGCCGCAGAAAAGAUCAGGAAAUACGGUAUCUGUAUGGUACCUAUCCGCAUGGCAAUGUUCUUCUCAGGAAUGAAGAAUGUUACUAAUCGGCUAAAAUCCCCAGUACCAGGGAUAGAGGACAUGUUUAUACAGCUGAAACUGGAUGUUCCUCUGAUGUCUGACCAACAGAAGAAGGAGUUAAAUCCAAUGAUUAUUACAAUCAAGAAUGCUACAAACCUGCCAAAUUCUCCCAUGACAUACGCUGAACUCAACGAAAAAUGUCAGCCAGUGUUUUGUCGGUAUCAAUUCCAUAAUCAGCCGGAGCAUUGCAGUGUGGGUAGGGAGCAGAAAGAGAAUGUCUACUGGGACGAUAUCAAUGUUGUGUUACUAGGAACCCAAGAAAACUCGGAACUUCGACAGUAUCUGAAUGGACCUCCUCUGGAGAUAGAGGUACAUGACAGGGAUCGUAAACCAGAGGGGGUCAAACUGAAGCCCACUCUGUUUGGAGAUGACUUAGAGGAUGAGAAAAUCAGUAAUGUAGGAACUGUUGCCAGUAGGAGAACUGUGCAUAAUCCUUUCAAGGGGCGUAACAAACCCUGGGACCCUUACGGAGUGGCUAAAGUGGACCUGUCUGAGCUUCUGCUGGGGCAUCAAUACCUCCAUCUGACCGUCCCUAUCCAAAACUGCCCUAUCCCAGAUGUGUUCCCUUCAGAGGAGCGAGAGGAUGGACGAACUGUGGGAGUCAUGGGAGCAGUAGAUGGACCAGUGGACAGACCUUUUAAUGCUGGACAUUAUGUACAGUCAAAUUCCAUGUUAAAAGUGAAAGUAGAACUAGCCCAUCCACUAACAACACCAGAGGAGGUGGCAGCCAAAGAGCCCCUGUCUACCACCCCACAGUGCCCCUUUGGUAGGAUUAUCUACAUCUUUGGUUACAAGAAUACUACAAUCUUGAACCAGCUGGAAACUCUAGUCACUGAAAUUAAUGCCAAGGCUUUAGAGCUGGACAAUAUGCCACCUCAUGUCAUCAGUGCUGCACUGUCAACAUACAAACUAUCACUAGAGCAGCAGAGGAGUCGAGAUUUGGACAUUAUUACAGGGUUCCAGGUGAUGGACGGGGAUAAACAUGUCUUUGUUCUAGAGGGACUAAGAGACAAAGCCAUUGGAUAUGUGUGGGAGAUAGUCACUGCCCCAGAAAACUCAAAUGUGCGAGUGCUAUAUAACUCAGAUCUGAGCUUUAGUGAACGUCUAUAUGGUCCUCUAGAUGUUGACCUGUGUCGCAUCAAGUUACAUGAGCCCCUAAGUCAGAUCGUACAGCAGCCCUUGUUGUAUGUCAGAGACAUGGUCCCUAAGCCCUGCUUCCAGGGCCUUCUCAACCUACACCAGAUUGUGAACUCCAAUGUGAUGAAGGAUGUGAUAAGAAACUCACUGUUCCCUUUAGCUGACAUGGUGAUCUCAAUGAGUCGUGAGUUUGGAGUCCCCAUCACUCAGGAGGACUUUGAUGAGCUACAGUUGAGGAAACCAUCAGAAGUUGUUGUACAGGAGAAGGAGGUGGAGCAGCAAGAAGAGAUGGUCCGUGAAACGAGCCGUAUGUGGACCCCCAUAGAUAACUUCAACCCACAGUACAUGGAGGCUAUAACAGGACGACAACAAAGGGUCAACUUUAUUAAAGAGAAUAAGGAUGAUGUGAAAGUGAUCAGUGAUAAGAAUAAAGAAGAGCGAGAGAGGACUAAAGUCCCCACAGUGCGGGCGGACGUUAAAGUGGCUCAUAACUACAGCUCCCACUCACUGAACUCAACAGAACUCGCUAAGGAGAAACUCAGACAAAUGUUGGCAGAGGAGCCAGACACUAGAUUUACAUACUGCCAGGAGUUCCACCACUCCAUGACGGUGGUACCCGUCAAUGUGGAGGCACUCCAAAAAGCUGAGAAGGCAGAGUCUCGGGCCAGGUGGAAGACGGAGUCAGGGUGGAUUUACCCUGGAAUGAAAUCCACGCUGGAAUGUAAUGAACAUCCGAGGAGACCUGAUACAGCCAGGAUAGAAGAACUACACGAGCUGUGGAGGGAAAACAUUCUACAUGUUGGCAUGUUACAACCUCCAUUAGACCGUGACAAGUUUCCAUGGUUACAUAGGCAUUACGACAUGGAGUUAUACAAACGUCCACAGUCCUGCUUCAUCAGAGAACCAGUUACCAUUCACCUGGCUGGACAGAAGCUCAAGGAGGAAAAACUAGCUGCCCUGAAGAAGGACAUGGCAGUUUGGAGGUCAAAGGUUGUGGUGGAUGACACACGGCAGUAUGUUCACAGAUGUCUCAUUGAGACUGAGUUACAAGAACGAGGAAGAAAAUCUCAAAACCAGAUUGACAAGUUAAAAGGUCUACUGAAAGAUAAACCAGUCAAAUUCUCCCUCAGAAGACAAGGAUUGGCCCUGAAAGAAGUGCCCCCUCUAGGUGUUGUUGUGAAUCCCAGUGUCGAUACUGAAGCUCGUGAGGCUGGCCUUCCAUUAAUACCUGCUGUAGAAAAUGAGGGUGUGGAGAAAACAAAUGGCUUCAAACCUGGACCUUACGAGGACCACAGCUGGAACCUAGAGAGGAACAAGAUCCCUGUGUAUGACUACCAACACAGACAGUUCAGGGAGAGUAAAGGGGCAGAUUUCAAUGCUAUUCACACUGAGAGAACAAAGCUGUAUCGUCGGACCAUCGUACCCCUACAGGACUCAGAGAGAGACAACCACCUUUUCUGGAUCCCAGAUGACAUCAAUAAAUUUGGCCCGUAUGAGGGAAUUGAGCCAAUCGGUAAACCAGGCCUUCCUCCAGUUGAGAAUCCCAAUAUAGCAGUGUCCACUGUCAUAGCACAAAGGCUACAGACCACUGACCAGAAACUGACUUCUUCCCCAACAGGUUUACGAGCAGAUCUUAAUUCUGGAAUUGCAAAGUCUUUCAAGGCCAAGGAAGCAUUAGUCAGUUAAUGAGAUAUGUUUCAGAAGAAAAAAAGUUAUAUAUUUAUUUUACCUAUAAUUAAAUAGUCUAGUUGAUGCCAUUUCCAGCAAAUAUAUUGCCUUUCAUUUGGAAUGAAAAACUGCUGACUGUUUACAAAUUAGUCUUUAUACAAUUGUUGAUGUCCAAAAGUGUUUUAAACUUUGUUUUAUUAAUUUAUGCUUAACUUAGAGGUGCCUUUAUGAACUUUUACAAAAUAAAUGAUUCCUUUAUCUUUAAGCUGUGAUAGAUGUCCAUAUUAUUUUACCAAAUUUUAAUUUGAAGUAUUAAAAAAGUAUAUUUUUGUAUGUUAGUUGGUAGUUUAAAAUUACAAAUUGCUGAUUCUAGAAUUUAUACAUGAAAAACCAGUUGGUAUUGUUGAGAGAAGAUUUUUAUGUAAAUGAAAAAAGGACCCAAGAAAUUGAUUAAUAUAUAAAUAUGUGUGUGUAUUUUUGAAUGCAUGUUUAACUGAACAGUGUGAGGAAGUGAAACUGGUUGGAAAGUAAUGAGUGAAUUUCAGUUGAAAGGCUGGUGAUAAAUAUCUUUAUGUUUUCACCACAAAUCGGUGGAAAAACUGCUGAAAUUUUUUCUCGUGUAUUCAUACGUUAGAGUUAUUUUAAAUUUAUAAGGAAUGUUGUCAUAUUUCCAUUGAGUACUGAUAUCCCUAGUGGUCUAUACUGCUGAUAGUUGAAAAAGUCCCAUACAAUACUGUUACUGUGAUGUGAUUUACAGCUAUAUUUACAUGUACAUACACAUGUAUUUUAUAUUACAUGUACGAAAACAUUGUGACAUUGUUGUUACCAGUUUGUGACAAUAUGGUUACCAAUUAUUAGUAGCGUUUUAACUGUAUGAUAACUUGGUCAUUUCAAAUACAAUUGUACUGUGAUUUAGAAGAGAGUUGUGAAAUUCAAAUGAAUUAUUAUGAAUUAUAAGUAUUUCUGAUUGUUGUUAAAUCUGAUUCUUAACCCCAUUUUAUGUUAAUUGGUAUGUCUACAUCAAAAUGUACCUAGUAUACUAGUUCAUAAGAAAAUGCAAUAUUUCCCAAUAAUUAAUUAGAAAAAUAGCUUUGUAGUCUGUUAAAUACUAAUAAAAUUUGAAAUUGCACAUUUACAAUCUUGGAAAAAAAUAUUUGAGGCAGUAACCCAUGUUUAUUUGAAAAUGUCUUUUUACAUGCUUGCUUCGGUGAUAUUGUAUUAACUGUAUUAAUACGUCAGUAUUGUGUGUGUGUGUUUGUGCAUUCUGAAAUGUUGUAUAAUAUAUGUAUUGUUAUUAUUAUUUUUAGAGACAAUGUAAAUAUGUAUUUCAGUUUAAAAAAAUUCAUUUCAACAUGAAUUUUUUAUGUUAUAUUCAAGAUUGGAGAUAAAAUUUAUAUUUAUUUAUGAAGACAUAUCUGCACUGAGUUUACAAGAAAUAUGUAUAAAUUGUAGUAAACAGGCUGAUCUGUCUAGAUUUUAAUUUUGAUUUUGUUGGGCACUUUGUCCUAACUUGAACCCACUUUGUUGUUUUUUUUUGGCACCAAUUCCUUUAAAAGCUGUUUUCAGCAAAUUAGUGGCCUAUAAUUCUGUGAUUGAUUUCUUAUACUGUUCAUUUUUAUAUUUAAUUAUUUCUUAUUUAAUUACUUCCAAUAACAAUAAUAAAUGCUUAUUUUCACCAUAAA